AUGUGCAUUCGAUCGCUCCGUCAAUCUUUUCUAGAAUAUCUCAAGACGAUUCGAACAGACACCAAACAACAACAACACUCUCUACCUAAUUCUCGGCCUAAUCUUGGGCUUUCUUCUCUUACUUCUCCUCUGUCUUCUCUGCCUAAUUUUGGCCCUAAUCUUCUGGAAGCGGAAGAAGAAACUCAGGCAAAUUCGCGACAAAUCAUGGCUACUUUGAAGAUGACGGCCAUUUAUUGGAUGAGCUUAACUGACGUCCUCUAUGAGUACAUGUUCCUGCCUAAUGAUUCGGUGCAAACAACAUCAUCGUUAUCAGUAUCAACAUCUGAUUCAUCAUCACCAUUACAACCUGUAGCAGCAUCGUUAUCAGCACCGCAGCCAACAAAAUCAUCAUCACCAUCAUCAUCAUCGAAACUCAACAGCAACAAAAGUGACGACAACAGGAUCACGUGCCCUCCUCACAACAACAACGACGCAUCAAAACUUGAGAAAAAUGAUUUUGAGAUGACGCCUACUCCGUCCGGGUCGUCAUCAUCACGAUCAGAUAGAAGCCUAUCAGAUCAAAGCGCCCCUAGCGAUGACGUCAUUACGAGUCUUUCAAGUUCUGCAAAUCUAUUAGCUGUCGGACCAGAAAGAGGCGUGAAAGCCGGACCAAUAGGAAGAAAUAUCUUAAUGAGCCCUCCAAAACUGCACACGCAACCUAGGGGUUUUGCCCCUGCGUCUCAUAACGUUCCGGCGGCCGUCAAAAACACGUGGGGUCGAAGCAAAAUAAAAGAUUCAAAAUCGUUCAAGGCAGCAAAAGAACUAGAUAUCAGUGAUAACGACGUCGGAAGUAAACUGAAAGAAAGUAAAUCAUUCAAGAUAACGAAGGAUCGAGAUGGUGAUGGAAGUAACGAUGGUGGCAGUAGUUUUAGCGGGAAUCUACUUUACUAA